GGUGGGCAUCACGCCUUGGACCCUUCCACCGUGGACGGAGAAGUGCCGGUCGGGAUGCGGUCGUGACUGGCGGCAAUGGCAGUAGUCAGGCAGCGCGCAGAGGAGGACAGCAAGCGGCCGUCCCGGCUCUGUCGUGGGGAUUCGGUCUGAGUGUCUCGCAACACGCAGCUGGAGGUGCCUUUCACCGCACCCGCGUCGUUACGGUUGCGCCCAAGUUUUUGCUCAUAAAUUCUUUCGGUCGUGCAUUAGAGGUCAAACAGAACGGGACUAUCGAAGACUCCAGCGUACCGGCGGUCAAUCUCCCCUGCAACGGGACGCAACCAGUGCCUUUCUAUUGGACCGUACGCACCGGAUCGCGGUACCUGAGGGUGAGACUGUGCGAAUUCGGAUGGGAAUGGAGCGGGCGCUUUGUCCCAGAUGUUCCUGGUGAUGUGACGCUGGCAUUGCGCCAUGUGCAUGUUGAGGCAAAAUGCCUGCUACAGGUGCGCAUAACAUUAGAGGACGCUUCCUACGUAAUUCGUUUCCGACGGGAGCCUCCCAGCUUCGCACCGUACCGGAUUGAAAACCGGACUUUAGGGAGCGUGUGGUUCGUUCAAGCGGGCUUGGGUAACGGUGGAAUGGACAGCGAGCGCGAGCCCGAGGUCUUACUGCCCUACCACGCCUGCACAUUUUCCUGGGAUGAGCCGUUGCUGGACCACAGUCUAGAGCUGGAGUGGCAGGCGGGGGAGGGCGGUUUACGGCGUGAGUAUCUCGGCUCCUUUUCAUUCAAUCCUGACAUUCCGAUCCGCCCUCCAGCGAAGGGGAUCUCGGUCAUGGUGGAGACACGCGGUCCUAUCCGCGUCAUGAUCCUGACAGCCUUUCCUCUCAGAAGUUCUUCUUCCUUGCCUCCUCCAGCUUUUGGCCCUCGUGAGAUAGACAGAAUGCCAGGACGAGGAACGGAGGGGGACGGGAGACUUACUUCUCACACGGCAGAUUUGAGUGUGUAUUCGUGGGUGGUGGAUUUAGAAGUGGAUUUAAGAGGUUUAGGAAUCUCCUUGCUUAACGGGCUUCCACAAGAGCUAUUGUACGUGUCUGCGCAGGACUUGACAGGGAGGUGGGACAUGCGCUGGCCCUGCAGUCGCUUGCGCCUUAUGGUCGGCCACCUGCAGGUGGAUGACCAAAUGGUAAACACCUCUUGCCCUGUGGUCUUUGUGGGAGAGGAGAGCAAGAAAAAGAGCGGCGUCGUUGAGGGCUCCCUAGAAGCCUGUGGGGGGCGGAAGAUUUUCGGAGGAGAUGGCCUCCAGCGUGCAAAUGCCUUAAUUUACCCGUCAACUGAGGCUGGGGUGGUGGCAAGAGGUGCUUGGACGAAUGCUGAUGAUGCCCGGGUUCUGGUUCGAAAAGGACAACGUCAGAGCCCACAGGGGAUGCACCACUGGCCGGUUGCAUUACCCCAUUUAGACAUCACUGUCGAGCAGGAUCUGAUGUACGAGCGCAUUCUUUUCUUCCAAGCUAUGAGCGUAAAAAUGACGCCUUAUCAUGUGCGUCUAGAUGGUAACCUUGUCGCAGCUUUAUUGAACCUCUUUUCGCGUGUGUUAACAUCUGUACCUGAAGACAUGAAGGAGAUUUUGAGCGCAAAAGGCCACGUGAGCUAUGUCCGCCCCGCCUUCAAUUAUGAUUCAGGGCUGAUGGAAAAAGCGUCUGCUGCCAUUUCACCUUCCACAAUUCUAUCACCCGUGGAGCAUAUUUUGCGAGACACGGUGCUGCGGGGGCCUUACUCUCAAGAAAAAGAAAGCACAAGCCCUGAGGUUGCUGAAGUGGCGCUGCAUCGGCGGUGGGACAGCAAUGGAGGCGUGGAACGUGGAAUUGAAUCACAACAAAUCUGCAGAACAGAAUCAGGCAGGCCCCUCGUCAUUGAAGAGGAUGCUUACAAGGUAUUUGUGGACUACUUGGCCGUGGAUCCUGUGCGCAUCCAAGUCUCCUUCACCGCCUCCUCGAUGGUCUCACGUGUUCUUUCUCACCUGGUUGCGAGCGGUCCGAGUGGGGAGCGUUUCCGAGCGAUGAAGCUGCUGCUCGAUGUAGUGGGAUCAGCCCUCUCAAAAGUAGACAAUGCCCCUAUCCGUUUCUCCCCUCUGGUCAUCCGCCACGCUUUCAGCGCGGACCUUGUCAAGAAAGGGGUAGCCCACUACGCAAGUCAAGCGCUUCGACAAGCUUAUAUUCUUCUGGGCACAUUAGAUGUCCUGGGAAACCCUGCCAAAAUCCUCGCCAACAUCUCGGCAGGCUUACGAGAUUUUAUCUAUGAGCCUGCCAAGGGCCUAGGCCAGGGGAACCUGUGGCAGUUCUCAAUGGGACUUUACCGAGGCAGUGCCAGUUUAGCAGUCCGUGUUGUUUUGUCGUUACUGGAUGGUAUUCAAAGUUUGGCCUCCUCGUUGCAUGCGGGUAUCCUGCCUUUGGCGGGGCUUAUUGAAGACGACUCUCUUCUCAAUGCGCGUCGUGUUCCACCCCCCCUGUCCCGUACCAUCUCUCCCAUCUCCACCGGCAUGUCAACAUCGUCCAUCGAGAUCCCGCAUCGCAUGGAGGGCUCCGUGGGUGGUUUGCUGAGAGGUUUAGGGGCCUUGGUGUAUGAGCCAAUUCGUGGAGCAAGACGGGGAGGCGUCCGCGGCUUACGGGCGGGCAUAGCGCGUGGAAUCGUCAGCGUGGUCUUACGACCGACGCGCGGGUUCCUGGAAGAUGUGGUGGGUGUGUGUCGGACAGGACGCAUGUAUUUACAGCCCCAUAUUGCGCGUUUGGAUGGGCAAUCGCGGGUCAGGGCGCCGCGCUUGUUCAAGACCCGGGACGCCCCCUUGACGUUGUACUCGCCAGAGCUUAGUAUGGCGCAGGACAUGCUGCGGCGAGUUGAGCAGGGAUCACAUUGGAACGAGGGGUUAAUAUAUUAUCGUUUUUUUCCUGGGAUGACACGUUGUAUAUUACUCACAGCCAAGCACCUCCUCGUGGUGUGUGUAGCCAGUCCCGGCAGCCCAGGGACCUAUACCUUGGAAUGGGACUUGUCGUUGGCGAGCCUAGUACAGGUCGACACCCUCCCGCCCUCGGACGUGCUCCUCCACGUUAUUUCCUCGUCCGCCGAGGGGUACCACCCUGAUCAUAGAAGUAGUCUCCAGCAGCCUCCGCAGGGCCUCGCCCUACCUUCUGUCCCCCGGAGCCCGUCCACUGACGCUCUUGGGACGAGCCCAGAGAGCACGGAUGUGGCCUCUUCUCUACCUUCUUCGGGGCCGGGGACCGGACCAGUGAGAAGGAACAGCAGCCUUGGCGGUGGAAGCACUGGGAUUUUGCAGCACCUGGGAACCUGGAUGCGUCACUCUUUUUCCUCGCAACGUCCAGAUUUAGGACUGCACACCAAAGAGCAACUUCUGGAGCUGCCGGAUAAGGAGGCUGUCCAAGGUUUGAUCCAGGGCUUGCGGGCCUUGGGAGGGUACCCCCAUGCCAAUUACCACAUUAGAGUUUUGCCUUACUUUAAUGACAGCGAUGCGCAGUCGUUGCUCGACUCGUAAGGUAUUCAAUGUACAUUGUAGCAGGUUUGUACACAUAACGAGAUAAUAUGCCAGCAAAAGUAGCCAAUAAAGCUCAAAAGCAUUAAAGUAUAAUUUGUG